AUGGGAUUCAUCAGCGCACAAACUUCUCAUAAAUGGGCAACAGUGUUUAUUAAAGGAGAUUAUGAAGAAUUUUCACAUGAUUUACGUGGUGGAAAACAUGCUGAUUCAUUUUACGAUACGUUUCCUGAAAUUGAAGCAGAUGCUAAAGCAUUCGUUGUUCAAGUGUGGUCACAAAAAUCAGCAGAUUUCAAAGCAAUAGACCUGGCUCAAUUCAUUGAUGAAAAAUAUUAUGAACUAACGGGAAUUUAA